UGAGCGCUUUCUCCAGGCUGCCGUGAAACCUGUGGGGGGUAGGGUGGGGGAGAGGUUGAGGUUCACUUAGUGGGACAGGAGCACACGGGAAUAUUGGGUUCAGCUGAGACCAAGGACUCUGGAUGUGGAUAAUAUAACAAGGCCUUGCGACUUGAAUUGGAGUAAUUGUAUAGUCCUCUAGGUACACAGGUCUCACUCUGAUUGACGACUCGCACAAGUUUUAUGUAGGCUGUGAGCUUGACCUGUGUUAUAGGAAUAAUGACUGUUGCCAAUGCCAAGUCUGGUGCAGCUAUGCAGCAAGUGUUGGAUAACCUCAAGGAGCUGCCCCCCUCCACCGGAGCCAAAGACAUUGACCUCAUCUUCCUUCGUGGCAUUAUGGAGAGUCCCAUUGUCCGUUCACUUGCUAAGGCUCACGAGCGACUAGAGGAUGUGAAACUGGAGGCAGUGCGAGACAAAAACGUGGAGCUGGUGAGCGAGAUCCUGUCGGAUAUCAGCGGGCUGGUCGACUGCGAUGAUGGCGCCGCAGAACUCUCCCACAUCCUAAAGGAGCCCCACUUCCAGUCGUUAAUAGAGGCUCAUGAUAAGGUGGCAGCUAAAUCUUACGAAACCCCUCCAACGGCAGCAAACACCACUUCCCCUAGCAGCGCUUCCCUCAUGCCGGCCGACACUGUGCGCAUGGUCAGCAUCCAGAAGAAGGCUGGUGAGCCCCUGGGUGUGACAUUCCGGGUGGAGAACGGUGACCUGGUCAUUGCCCGCAUUCUCCAUGGCAGCAUGAUAGACAGGCAGGGUAUGCUGCAUGCGGGCGACAUCAUCCGGGAGAUGAAUGGACUUGAGGUGGGCAGUGACCCCACAGCCCUGCAGCAGAUGCUGAAAGACACCAGCGGCAGCAUCACCCUCCGAAUUCUGCCCGGUUACAGAGACACGCCGGCACCUGCGCAGGUGUUUUUGAGACCUCAUUUUAACUACAACCCUGAUACAGACAGUCUAAUCCCCUGCAAAGAGGCAGGACUGCCCUUCUCAAAAGGAGAAAUCCUGCACAUUGUGAACAGGGAGGACCCCAACUGGUGGCAGGCUUGUAGUGUGGUUGGAGGCAACACUGGCCUUAUUCCAAGUCAGUAUUUGGAGGAGAAGAGGAAAGCAUUUGUACGGAGAGACUGGGAUGGGUCAGGAAUUCUCUGUGGCUCAAUAACUGGAAAAAAGAAGAAAAAGAAAAUGAUGUACCUGACCGCAAAGAAUGCAGAAUUUGACCGCCACGAGCUGCAGAUCUACGAGGAAGUGACUCGGAUGCCUCCGUUCCAGAGGAAGACGCUCGUCCUGAUAGGCGCUCAGGGCGUGGGCCGCAGGAGCCUGAAGAACAGGCUCAUGGUGCUAAACCCUCUGCGCUUUGGCACAACUGUGCCCUUCACGUCGCGGCGGCCCCGUGAAGAGGAGAAGGACGGCCAGUCGUACGGCUUCGUCUCCAGAGGCGAGAUGGAGACGGAUAUCAAGGCUGGCCGCUACCUCGAGCACGGCGAAUACGACGGCAACCUGUAUGGCACAAAAAUCGACUCCAUCCACGAGGUCGUACGCAUGGGCCGCACAUGCAUACUAGACGUGAACCCGCAGGCACUGAAGGUGCUGAGAACAGCGGAGUUCAUGCCAUUCGUGGUGUUCAUUGCUGCUCCAGAGCUAGACACACUAAGGGCCAUGCACAAAGCGGUAGUGGAUGCAGGAAUCACCACCAAGCUGCUCACGACAAUAAACAUUUCCACUGGCAUUUACGUCCCCCUCUUUCUCACUCAGGAAACGGACUUGAAGAAAACGGUGGACGAAAGUGCCCGAAUCAAACGGGCGUACAGCCAUUACUUUGACUUCACAAUAGUGAAUGAUAAUCUGGAUAAGGCUUUUGAGAAACUGCAGGUGGCUGUGGACCAGCUGUGCUCGGAGCCUCAAUGGGUACCAGUUAACUGGGUUUACUAAAUGGUACAGUGGACCACGGACUUCUUCGUCGUCAUCGUCUUCAUCACCAUAAUCGCUGGUGUCAUGGACCACGGCAGGACUGACUGUGGCCAGGGGGAUCUGACCCUGGUGCUGAGGUCCCACACUGCUAUGCAAAGCUACACCCAUGAGAAACUGAAGGGAAGUGUACUUAUUUAUUGACCUAGUUUUGUUUGUUUUUUCUCUCUCUCUUCUUCCUACCAGCACAGUACAUUUUAAGGCGCAACAUGUCCUUAUAUACAAUGUAUUUCCAGGUUGCUUUAAAUAGUUUUGAGUGUAAAAUGAGAACUUGAAACGGAAUUUAUUUCUGAUUGUUGUGAUUCUAGAGAGAUCCAGUAUGGAUUGCUUCACUGCUGGUCUCAUCUGACUCACCUCUGUAAUGCCAUGUUCUUGCAAAUGUCGGCUUUGGUGUUCAUGGUGAAGACCCAUUCUAGCUUAAGCACAAAAAUGUAAUGGGUUGCCCUUUGGGGGGGCGGGGGGUUGGUUGUCGUGAUAUUUUAUACAUUGAGGUUUUGUUGCAAGACGCACCACAUUAUUAUUUUCCCGUUAUGCAUCAGUACUGGUAGAUUUCCAACUCUGAUCUAUGAGUUUAGGACAGGUGUCAGAAUAGCCCCAUUAAUUAAGCAGCAGCACAUUAUUCAUCUCGAUGCCCUCGGAAAGGCAUACAAUAUUAAGUCGUUGGAAUGGAGCUUUGUGUAACGUCACUUUGUUCAUCCUUACUAGACUUUAAGACCAGGUUUAUCAGUACUAAAGUUAGUAGGCUGUAUAUUAUCCUUUUAACUUCUUUGUCUUUGCUAUAUUUGGAUGUCUACAUGUGAUGUAGUGUCACCACCCCACCCUAGAUCUGCCAGCCUAGCAGAUGUGCUUGUACCAGUCUGGCAGUCCACAUUUAAUCUAUACAUGAACAGGCCUUUUCAGGCUUCCGAUUGAAGCACACACUGAAGUCUGUGUGUCUCAGUCUCAGUAUUUUUAUGAGUGCUUUUAUUGCACUGAUGCGUAACAAAUGAGGUGCUUCUGUUUUGUGAAAUAAUGGUGGAACAACUUGAUGCCAGUUAUGAUCAUGGGAAAAUGUAACCUCAGCUACCAGGCAAUCUGAGGAAGAACCCGAUGAUAGAAAUGAAAGUGUGCACCACUGUUUCAGCAGGAGCCAAAGCAGUGGCGUAGUGGGUGAGUUAUCCGUCAUACAUAUUGGUGUCUGUCACUGUCAGACUUGCACAUCCGAGACCAGAGUUGCCAGACUCAAAUGCUGAACAGCCAAAACACUGCAGAGACGAGUGCGUUCCCUGCUCUGGUGCAGCUUGUUAAACUCAUGGCAUCAGAUCAGUUGGAGAGAAGAGUGUUGGAGCAAACACUACACUGUGCAGUGGUGCAGUCCUUCAGGAAGUAGAGAAUUCACCAUAAGUCUUUGUGGUGUUUUUAUCUCUGUUGUAUACAGCUACAUAUAUAUUUUACAAUAAUGAAACCUGUAUUUUUGACAUUUAAACAAUUGACCAUUAAAUUAAACUGACUUUUACUA